GGCUAGGUGGCUGGGCGGGGACGAAGGGGGAGGGGCGGGGGAGGGGCGCGGGCCGCGCCUUUAAAGCGGGUUGCGGCCAGAGCUGGCGCAGCGGAGCCGCGGUCCGGGCCAGAAGCGGGGCGAGCGUGCGUUUGUUUAUGUUUCGCUCGGGCCCGCUCAAGUGCUUCCCGCCGCGGCGCCGCCAAAGUCUGUGGCGUCUUCAGCUCUUCUCCCCGUCCGCGGCCCUGCCGCCUCCACGCACCCUUGCCAUCCCCCCUCCCAACGGAGGGUCCGAACCCGGGGACGGCGCGGGCAGCUCCCUUCUCCCCUCUUCGCCCGCGGGCCGGGAGGGCGAACGUGGGAAAGAACCGGAGGGUGGGGGCAAGUCGGAACAUAAAUCUUCCAACAGGUCGGGAAGCGCCAAGUCUCCCGAGCCGCCAGAAAACCCGGACCAGCACGUUCAUCACCUCCUUGCUCCCGCUGCUGCCAUCUUGACAGUUUUCCCCCCUUCACUCAAGUCCUUUAAAAACACUAGCGGGAGAGAAGGGGGCGCGCACACUGAGUCACGGGGAAGGAAAAGGGAAGCGCCUGGCCCAGCUCGGAAGCAGAUCCGGAGUCACCGGGAAGGCGGCCGCCCCGCUGCACAGCUCCGGCGCCUACCUCGGUUCCUUCCCUUCAGGGACGAGGGGGGAGGACGCACAAUCCCGCGCGGGCCCGGGGCACGGCGAGGAGGGGGCGUGCAACCUCCGCGAAGGAGAGGCGCUCCGGCUGCCGCCGCAGCCCGCCAGAGGAACCGCCUGUCAGCCUGCGCGCCGCCGCCUUCCACAUUCCUCCUCCUCCCUUCCACGAGCAGGGCGGCCGCUGCAGAAGCACAAAGUUAUAGACACACGCAGGGUGCCUCAACCUAA